ACUUUUUUCAGUAAAAUCUAUGAUAAGUAAUUUUCCUAGAAAAAGUUUUUUACCUUGUUUUAUUAUAUAAUAAGAUUUAUGUACAGAAUACACAAACUGUUCAAAUAGAAAGGAAACGAGCAACUAAUAUGGUGAUAUUAUUCGUUUGUGGUUAGGCGCUGGGUCAUAGGAUGUAACCUAACCCAAAUUAAAAUAAUCAUUUAGUAUUAUUUACUCAGAGAAAAAAUCAUUAGAUCUGCUUCAUGACAUGCGUCUAUCUAAGACAGCAAAUUUUAUAUUAGAUGUUUUCAUCAAAUAUAUAAAGUGAUAAGGAAAAUAAAAAGUUUAACAGUAUAACCUACGUCAGCAAUUAAUUUUUCCAGGAAAGUAAAAUAUCUUAAAUCGAGCUUAGAUAUAUUAUUAAUAUUACUUAGUCACAAAUAAUUUCGUGUUAUUCGAUAAUAUGACACAAAACUUUAAACAUAAAAGUCAAAUAAGUACUAAGUAAUACAAAGUAUUAUGGACGUGUAAAUUUAAACAAUACAGUACCUAGUUAUUCAUUGGAGAUAAGAGCGUCAUCUAUACAAAUUAAAGAAAUAUAUUUAAAUCUUUAACUCUGAAGAAUAUUGCAGCGUUAAAAAUGUCAAACUUAAGAUCAAUGUUUGCUGAUGGAUUUGUGGAGCGACAUGAUCUUGAACAAUAUUUUUGGACAGAAGAAACUGUUCAACGUUUAAUGAAUGCUCUUAAAGACUUCUAUGAGCAAUGUUGUUGUCUUACAACACCUAGUUUGGCUCAUGCCUGGCACUUGAAAGGACGGGAAGAAGUGUUAUUGGAUAUAGAUACAAGAUUUGAUUAUUUACCUAAAUUUAAAUACUACGACAUAACACAUCCUCAUGAGAUAGAAAACCAAUUUCGAGUCGUUAUUUUUGAUCCUCCUUUCUUUUACAUCCCUAUGGAAAAACUCUUUGAAGCUGUUUGUAAAGUUGUCCAUAAUAAUUUUUACACCAAAAUUAUGAUAGGUUUUCUUAAACGCGAAGAAAAUGAACUAAUGAAAUAUUUUCAUGUAUUUAACAUAAAACCUACUAAAUUUUCUUUAAACUAUGCAACUGUAAAACCUAAUAAGUGGAAAAAUUACUGUUUAUAUUCAAAUGUAGACCUACCUGGAAUUAAAAGAAUCAAAUAAAUGUUGAUAAUUAGGAAAAUAUGAAAUAUGAGAAAACAAACAAAUUUUUUUUGAAUAGUAUAUUAAUUUUGUACUUUAAAAAAUUUACAUUUCUAUAAUUACUGGGUACCUUAUUUUAAUUGGAAAGGAAUAAAAGGUAUAAUAAUAUAAUUAUAGAUUAGAAUUAUUAUUAAGGGGUAAAAACAGACAAAUUUUAUUUAUAAGUUGUAUAAUGGGAUUUAUGAACUCAUUUUAGCACCUUCAGACAUUUAGCUCUUAUACACCAAUGUUACCUAAUUACAAUAAAAGUUUUUUUUUUUGUAAGCAAUAAAUGAAAAUUUCAUUUUUGUAGUAUCCUUUUAAGUAAUCAUUUUUUAAAAACAUAUUUAUUAUAUUAAAAUUAGAAAAAACCCAAUUUAUUUAAGAUUAAAUCUUUCCUUAUGAUUAGAGGUCAGAAUUUUGUUACUAUGGACAUAUUUCUUUUAUAGAACAGUAACUAAUAACUGUAAAACACAG